UUCACAUUGUUGUCUGGCUGCGGUGUCCCCUGUCAAACAACGGUCAAAUAUUCAUGAAUCACAAUGAAAAUCGUUACCUGGAACAUUAAUGGCAUAAGGACUUUUAGGGGCGGCAUUAAAACGGCCCUUGAUUCCCUGGACGCUGACAUUAUUUGUGUCCAAGAAACUAAAGUGACAAGAGAUCUCCUCGAUGAAAGAACUGCCAUCGUUGAAGGCUACAACUCGUAUUUCAGCUUCAGUCGAGGGCGCAGCGGCUAUUCAGGGGUUGCCACUUACUGUAAAGACAGUGCAACUCCAUUUGCUGCCGAGGAGGGUCUCACAGGUCUGCUAACCAACCACGAAGGGGCCGUGGGAUGCUACGGUGACCAGAAGGAAUUCAGCAGCGAGGAGCUGCAGCCUUUGGACAAUGAAGGACGAGCCGUUAUCACACAGCACAGAAUCAUGUGUCGGGAGAAAGAGGAAAUGGUUACUGUAAUCAAUGUAUACUGUCCUCGGGCUGACCCUGAAAAGCCGGAGCGAAAGCAAUUCAAACUGCAGUUCUACAAGCUGCUUCAGUGUCGGGCUGAAGCCAUACUGAAAGAAGGGAGCCAUGUGAUUGUUUUAGGAGAUGUAAAUACAUCUCACCGGCAAAUAGACCACUGUGACCCCAGCGAUACUGAUGAUUUCAGUGAAAACCCUGGAAGGAAAUGGCUGAAUUCCUUCUUGCACAGUGGCAGAGAAGAAGUGGCAAUGAAAGCGGAGGAUCCCAAUGAAGAACCCGACGCAGCUUCACAGGACGCCGGUCGCGGCGGGAAAUUCGUGGACACCUUUCGCCUCUUCCACCCGACCCGCACCAGCGCCUUCACGUGCUGGAGCACGCUCACCGGAGCGCGACAGACCAACUACGGCACGCGCAUCGACUACGUGCUCGCCGACCACCGACUCGCCCACGAGCAGUUUGUGGCAGCCGACAUCAUGCCGGAGGUGGAGGGGUCGGACCACUGCCCCGUGUGGGGGCGACUGGGCUGCCGUCUGCUGGCCGGCCCCAAGCCCCCCGCCCUCUGUACGCGCUACCUGCCCGAGUUUGCCGGCAAGCAGCAGAAACUCUCCCGCUUCCUGGUUAAAGUGGACCAAUCGGCGGCGCGGUCGGAGAAGAGCGCUGCGUUGCCCGGGUCUCAGGAGGAGGGGGAGAAGAGGGAGAAUUCGAACCCCUCCGGAGCGGGCAGCGUCGGCGGCAAAAGACGGCCCCCGACAUCAGACCCUGCUGCGCCGAAGGGGAAGAAGACAAAGACAGUGAAGACGUCUCCGAACCCUCAGGGGAGCCUCCUCUCCUUUUUCAAACCCAAACUGAGCAGCGCUUUCCCCUCCGCCGGGGCCCCUCCGCAGCAGUGUGUGGAAAAAGCCCACCGAGUGGGCGCCUCCCACAAAGCGCCCCGGCCCGGCGGGGGCACCCAGCUGAGCACGAGCAGCGGCGGCGGCGAGGACGAUCACGCGGCGGCGGCGAAACCUCUGACCGCGCGGCGCGCUGCGGGGAGCCCGGACGCCAACAAAGGGGCGUCCUCGGGGUUUUGGAAGUCUGUUUUCCACGGGCCGCCGCCACCGCCCUGCUGCAAGGUCCACGGGGAGCCCUGCGUGCUUCGCACUGUGAAAAAGGAAGGGCCAAACGUGGGCAAGCAGUUCUUUGUGUGUGCCCGUCCUCAGGGACACGCGUCCAACCCGGACGCUCGCUGUAAUUACUUCACGUGGGUCGACAGGGGGAAGUGACGUGUGUUCUCUAUGGUUCUUCUUCUGACCUGUCGUUAAACCUUCCGCUCAAACAAGCACUGUAAGGAUGUCUCGUCAUUUGAACUAUUUUGAUUGUUGUUAACUGAAAAAAUAAUAAACUAUUUUCUAUAACUUUGAGUUAUAAAGGGCUUUGUUAGUUGAUUCACAGAAAAUGUAAUACAUUUUUCUGGUGAAAAAAAAUAUAUAUAUUAAAUAUAAUCAGGUUUCAGUGUUUUCUGUGAGGAUUUGCACCAUUUUUAUUCAGUUUUAUUCAGUGGUAAAAAUGUUCUAAGGGAUUUGAACAGGUGUUUUUUGCCAAAAUUGUUGCUUGUAUUUCCCACUUUUUAUAGACUAAAAGGUGUAU